AUGGAUAUUUUAUUAUUGCAUGAAUAUAAUCAUUUUCAACAGCAAAGACGUCUGAGGUGGGAUUGUUUUGAUUGCCAAACAUGUCCACAAUAUGCAGACCAUGUGAAAUGCCUGAUUGCGGACCCAAGGCAAUCUCGCUUGAAUGUGGAAGUUAAUUUGCUGGAAGCAGUACCAUCCAUUAGGACUUACAUGAAAAUCUCCACCCGAUUCAAGCCAUCGGAAGCGUAUCGGAAGUUCCUUGACAUUUCCUUUGAUGGCUGCCGCGUAAUAUCGGAUUUGUCAAAAGGCACUACCAUGAUAGCUAAGAUCUAUAAUGCCGUUGUUAAAUUCAGUAAUCAGCAGCGAAAAUGUCCCAUAAAAAAGGGCUUCAUUUACUAUCACAACAUAAGUAUAGAGGAACUUUUACCCUCGUUCCUGCCGGCAAGCAGUAUUUUUGUAGAGGUCCACUUUUUCCAUCCGAAGAAAACGUAUUUGAAUAUGACUCUAAGAGGAGACAUUUCAGAAAUAUAA